CCACGCCCCUGCCCUCUACCUAAGCAUUGGGAUAUGUAGGAAAUAUCCGUGGAGAGAUGGGCUGAAACUCCUUUCGGUUCAUCCUAAAAGAUCUCUCAAGCGACCUAUAGGAUUUCCGAAAGAACAUAAAUAUCAUACAGUGGAAUGAGCAGGCUGAGGUGGGGAGAUGCCUUACGUGGAUCGGCAGAACCGGAUCUGUGGCUUCCUGGACAUUGAGGAGAAUGAGAACAGUGGCAAGUUCCUCCGACGCUACUUCAUCCUGGACACCAAGGAGGGUAGCCUGGUGUGGUACAUGGACAACCCACAGAACCUGCCCAAAGGAGCUGAAAAUGUUGGCUCCCUCAAACUCACCUACAUCUCCAAGGUGAGUGAUGCCACAAAGCUGCGACCAAAGGCGGAGUUCUGCUUCGUCAUCAAUGCUGGUAUGAGGAAGUUCUACCUCCAGGCCAAUGAUCAGCAGGAUCUGGUAGAGUGGGUCAACGUGCUCAACAACGCCACCAAGAUCACAGUGCCAAAGUCGGGGGAUGGCCAGCCCAGUGCAGAGAUGACCCAGGAGGGGCUGGGUGCCACAAAGCAGAUCUCCUAUAAGACAGAGAUCAUAGGUGGAGUACCCAUCAUCACUGCCACACAGGAGCAGGGCGACGGGGGGCAGAACGGAGCAGAGCGGGGGGGCCAGCGGAAGGCCCACAGCCAGCUGCCCUACUUCCUGGGGCGAGGGGCGCAGGACCAGGCACUCAUCAAGGCUGGAUACUGUGUGAAGCAGGGAGCCGUGAUGAAGAACUGGAAGAGGAGAUACUUCUUACUGGAGGAGAACGCAGUCAGCUACUUUAAGUCAGACCUGGAGAGGGAGCCUCUGCGUGUGAUCCCGCUGAAAGAGGUUCACAAAGUUCAGGAGUGCAAACAGAGUGACUUAAUGCAGAGGGACAAUCUAUUUGAAGUCGUCACAAGCUCAAGGACCUUCUACAUGCAGUCGGACAGUCCAGAGGAGAUGCACAGCUGGAUCAAGGCCAUCUCAGGAGCCAUUGUGGCCCAGCGGGGGCCUGGACGCUCAGCUGCCUCUAUGCGUCAGGCCCGUCGGCUGUCGAACCCUUGUAUACAGAGGUAUACAUUCCGCAAUGGUGAAUGCAGCACAGAUUAAAAUGUGACAGUGAGUUACUAACAUUCCCCAAGUGAGCUCUACUGUACCAUCCCUUCUGCUGCUGCUGCUAUUCUGCUUCCUCUUCCUCCAACUACAUCUGCUGCCUUUGUUUCACUCCUGCUUCCACUACUGUAACCCUUUGCACCAGCACCACUGUAGAUACUACUACUAUUACUACUACUGCUGCUGCUGCUGCUGCUGCUGCCCUGCCCUGCCCUGCCACCCUGUGCCACUGCCCUCACUACAGCACUGUGACUGACCUGACUGAGUCCCCUGCGUCCAGUGCUUCUGAAUCUGAAUGACUUUGUCCCCCUCCUCCGACCGUUCCCUCAACCCCUCCCUCUCCUACACUAUGCAGGAGCACAGCGACCACUCUACCACCAGCAUCCCUUCCAGCUUCUACUGCAGCAGCAACCACGGGGGACCCCCCGCCCCUCGCUCGCCAGUCCAGGCAGAGCCACCCUACCCCCAGCCCCAGGGGGGCCCGGGCCCUUACCUGGGACAGCCAGGACUUCAUGGGCCUGCUGCCCUGGCGAGGCCACCCUGGGGCUCCACCCCGCUCCCGCCUCUCCCUCCAGGAGACCCCCCGCCUGUCCAAGUGAGCGCCUCGUCCCUGUACCACACCAACACCGACCGGGAGGACCUGUCACCAUGGAGACGGCGCAGCGAAGUAGAGGGCGACCAACCGGAAAUCUCCACCCUCAGCUUCGAGGACUCAGACCUGCAUGUCAGCCAGGUUUGAGCCUCUAGUCUAAUCCCUGACCUUUGACCCCUAACGCCUGCCUCAUAGGACACCGCAAGCUCUCACCCAUAACCCCACUCCCCUAUUCCCUCCACCACCUGACCUUCACUCCCCAUGCACAGAACCUGCUCAUUGGAUGUGGAUGCAGGUGGAUUCACACUGACACAAAGCGGACUGGACAGUUAUCACCAACGACAAAUGGAAAGCCAAUCAGAAGUUACCAAAAAAUGGAGCUGAACCAAUCAGAGCCGACCUGGCCCUCAGGAAGACAGGGAGUGGUCCCUGGUUGUGAUUGGUGAUUGUCUACUCUACCCCUGUAUCGAGAGCUUCUCUUAACACAGCCAAUGGCGUGAUGUGUCAGGGCAAGGAGACCUCGUCAGGUGUUUGGUUUUAGUUCAGUCUCUUUUGUUGUUGAUAUUUCUGUUGGGUGUUGCUCUUUCUCUUUCGUUGUUGAUAUUUCUGUUGGGUGUUGCUCUUUCUCUCUUGGUGUUGGCAUUGUGUGGUAUGAUUCAAUAACAUCAUCCCCUGUCCAUUGGCUAAAGAGGUUACUGAUUUGGCUAACUCUGCUGAGAAACUCACUGCUCACGUUUCUCCACCUUCUCCUCCUCUCUGACGUCACGUGAUUUACUGUUAUCAGGGUUGUUGGGCCUAAUUUAAAGAGGCGCUAGAUGUUAUUUUUAUUGACAGUUAUGUCAACUAAAAAUGUGUAACUGUCGACAAUGAGACAACCCCACUCAUACACACAAUGGGCUAGAUUUGUAUGUACUUUUAAGAUGUUAAAUAUAUUUGAUUUUAAGCAGACCAUUUAGUUUUUAUCCAAAGCAUGCCGUUAUGGAAGCACCUGAUGAAAUAUGAAACCAGAAUCUUAAAAAUAACCUGUCGAAAUUCCGUGCGCCAUUCUUGCUUUCAGGUGUUUUUUGGAGUGAGUGGGUCUUGUGUAUAUUUAUGUUUUUAGUAAUCCUUUAGAAAUGCUUUGAGUCCUUAUGUUCUAAUGAAAGUUACACUUGUUGUGUUCGUUCAGACUCUCUCUUUCUCUCUCAAUCAGUCACACACACACACACACACACACACACACACACACACACACACACACACACACACACACACACACACACACUGUCACACCUAUGUGUUUUGCCAAAUGUAAGUCCUGCACUGUAAUGUUAUGGGCCUGUCAACGUGAGCAUGCAUUUGUAUAGUGACUUCUCCCUCAGGAGGACAGAUAUGCACAGUUACAGUACAUCUACAGGCCUGUGGGUAGGGCCUUUUAACUGGCACUUUGUGGAUACAAUGUGGGCAGAUAAUCUGCCCACUUGAUCUGAUUUAUGGGUGUUUCUUCGACAUCCUCUUCUCUUUUCUACUGUAUGAGUACUGUACUACUUUUCUCAAUGCUGUGACGGUUUGUUUGUGUGUCUGUGGGGGAGACAUAGGGUACCUGCGUUGCCAAUAUGGUGGAAGACGGGAGGAGGGUUUGACCUUUGGCCUCAGCUGUGUGCUCUUCCUGUUUUUACUGUGUUGCACAACUCUUACUGUAACAGCUGCUAAAGUGCCUGCGUUCUUUCUAUAGAGGAAAAAAAAAACAAGAAGCUAUUUUGACCCUUUUAAUUGUGUACCUGAUGUUCUUAAAUCGUGUGCAUUAUUUAUUAAGUGGAGUUUGAAAAUAAAUCAAUGGAUUCAA